CCGCGGGCUGAAUGAAUGAGCCGGAGCGGCGGAGCCGGGCGGCCCGCGGCCGCGCUCACCGGCCCGGGACGCUUCCGCAUGGCACGCGAGGAGCCGGCGCCGGGGGCGGUGGCGGCGGCAGGGCAGCCCGGAGGCGGCCGGGGCGCGGAGCGCGCGCUGCACGGGCCAGGGGUCUCCCGCAGGGGGCGGCCGUCCCUGAGCCGCGCUAAGCUGCACGGGCUGCGGCACAUGUGCGCCGGGCGCUCGGCGGCGGGGGGAUCGUUCCAGCGGCGGGCGCUGUGGGUGUUGGCCUUCUGCACGUCGCUCGGCUUGCUGCUCUCCUGGUCCUCGAACCGUCUGCUCUACUGGCUCAGCUUCCCGUCGCACACGCGGGUGCACCGCGAAUGGAGCCGCCAGCUGCCCUUCCCCGCCGUCACGGUGUGUAACAACAACCCGCUGCGCUUCCCGCGCCUCUCCAAAGGGGACCUCUACUACGCCGGCCACUGGCUCGGGCUGCUGCUGCCCAACCGCACGGCGCGCCCCCUGGUCAGCGAGCUGCUGCGGGGCGACGAGCCGCGCCGCCAGUGGUUCCGCAAGCUGGCCGACUUUCGUCUCUUCCUGCCGCCGCGCCACUUCGAGGGCAUCAGCGCUGCCUUCAUGGACCGCCUGGGCCACCAGCUCGAGGACAUGCUGCUCUCCUGCAAGUACCGAGGCGAGCUCUGCGGCCCACACAACUUCUCCUCCGUGUUUACAAAAUAUGGGAAGUGUUACAUGUUUAACUCAGGCGAGGAUGGCAAGCCUCUGCUCACCACGGUCAAGGGAGGGACAGGCAACGGGUUGGAGAUCAUGCUGGACAUUCAGCAGGACGAAUACCUGCCCAUCUGGGGAGAGACAGAGGAGACAACGUUUGAAGCAGGAGUGAAAGUUCAGAUCCACAGUCAGUCUGAGCCGCCUUUCAUCCAAGAGCUGGGCUUUGGGGUGGCUCCAGGCUUCCAGACCUUCGUGGCCACACAGGAGCAGAGGCUCACAUACCUGCCCCCACCGUGGGGCGAGUGCCGAUCAUCAGAGAUGGGGCUCGACUUCUUUCCUGUUUACAGCAUCACCGCCUGUAGGAUUGACUGUGAAACUCGCUACAUCGUGGAGAACUGCAACUGCCGCAUGGUCCACAUGCCAGGGGAUGCCCCUUUCUGUACCCCUGAGCAGCACAAGGAGUGUGCGGAGCCUGCCCUAGGUCUGCUGGCGGAAAAGGACAGCAAUUACUGUCUCUGCAGGACCCCCUGCAACCUGACCCGCUACAACAAGGAGCUCUCCAUGGUCAAGAUCCCCAGCAAAACGUCAGCCAAGUACCUUGAGAAGAAAUUUAACAAAUCUGAAAAAUACAUCUCAGAGAACAUCCUUGUGCUGGAUAUAUUUUUUGAAGCUCUCAAUUAUGAGACAAUUGAACAGAAGAAAGCAUAUGAAGUCGCUGCCUUACUCGGUGACAUUGGUGGCCAGAUGGGGUUGUUUAUUGGUGCUAGUAUCCUCACCAUACUAGAGCUCUUUGAUUAUAUUUAUGAGCUGAUCAAAGAGAAGCUAUUAGACCUGCUUGGCAAAGAGGAGGAUGAAGGGAGCCACGAUGAGAACGUGAGCACUUGUGACACGAUGCCAAACCACUCCGAAACCAUCAGCCACACUGUGAACCUGCCCCUGCAGACGGCCCUGGGCACCCUGGAGGAGAUCGCCUGCUGACACCCCCCCGGGCCACUCACACCCCCCUCAGACAGACCUCGAGGCCCCAGCCCAGGACAGGGGACAGCAAGUCAGGUGGGACUGAAGCCGGAAGGAAGCAAGAGCCCCCUAUGCACACAUCGCAGACUCUGCCCAGCCUCGCUCGGCCCCCAGGCCCCGCCGUGCGUCCCUCCCGGGAGACAGGCGUCACACUCUGGAACUGUCCCAGAACUGACCUGCCAUCACAUCGCACUGCCAGAUGUAUAAAGCACCUGCAUGCUCAGACUUGGUAGGGUGCCCACUCCACGUCGUCCUGUCCGCGACAGCCCUUCCCGCGGUUUCCUGCGGCCGGUGCGGUGGGACCGGGUGCCAGCCCCGGCGUCACCCGCAGGAGAAACCCCGCAGUCCAAGGGGAAGCGCACAGUGUCCUGCUCCAUCUGGUCCUUGUGUCAUUUGUGAACGUUCCUCACCUGCCCACAAUGCCCUUGCCCCGACCCCGGCUGGCCCCAGGUGGCCAGCACCCAUCUUCCACCCCCACACACACACCCUGUGUCUGCUGUGACGGUCCGGUGGCCUGGGGGACCCCGCCGCCCAGCGACGGCACCUCGUCAUUCUCCCCUUGACACGGCUUGUACAGUCUCAUUCGUUUUGAUUUGGGGGCUUUUUG